UACCUCCUCAAUUACUUACUUACAUGUACAUGUAUAACAAACGAAUGGUUUUGCCCGAACAGUUUGGAGCUUUUUUGUCAAGGAAAAUCAGAACAUAAGUUUUGGAAAGUUGUACGCUAGGAAAACAGAUCUAGAAUGGAGGGGGAGGAAGAGGAAGAGGAACCGCCACUGCCUAAAGAACUGUUAGCAGAAUUUGCUGAGGCUUUCGACUUCUUUGACAUGAAACAGACUGGCACUAUAACGACACAGGAACUGUUUUCCGUCCUCAGGGCCAUGGGUCAGAACGCUACAGAAGCUGAACUCAACAGCAUGGUCAACGAAGUGGAUGCCGAUGGAAACGGAACUGUCGAAAUUGACGAGUUCGAAGAGAUGAUGCUAAACAAGAUAGACGAAGAAGUUGGGCCGGAAGUGGAUGAAGAAACCUUCGCGUUAUUUGAUACAGACGGGGAUGGUUUUAUCGGACCGGAAGAACUUCUGACGAUGAUGCGCAAGUUCGGGAAGAAUGUGUCUGAGGAUGAGGUCAGGAUUAUGAUUAAAGAUGCCGACAAAGAUGGUGACGGUAAAGUAAGCUUUGAAGAAUUUUGUGAAAUGAUAGCCGGAGAUCCUUGACGAAAACACGAAUUGCAAAAAGAAGUGUUUACUUUCCUAAAGGACAUCAAAUACUUCUGUGGAGUGAAAUAAUAUAACUUGACGUCACGGGAUAUGACCACAUGACGUCACGCCACAGGCAGAUUGCCAUCAUUGUUCCGCAGAGUGAAGAUAGGGCGAAUGUGAUCCAUAAGUCCACUGGAACGUCGUUAGAGGAUCAUGUUCUAAAAUUAGACAGAUUUUAAUGAAAUUAUUGUCUCGUUAAUGAAGAAAAUCCCAUGUUAAGUAUCCAAACUAACUAUUUUUUCAGUUAACUGUUUUCAUC